AUGAGCGGUGAGUUAGUCAACUAUAAGAGACUUGAAAAGGUUGGUGAAGGUACCUAUGGUGUUGUCUACAAAGCCCUAGAUCUGCGUCAUGGUCAAAGAGUGGUUGCAAUGAAAAAAAUCAGAUUGGAGAGUGAGGAUGAAGGUGUUCCAUCUACUGCAAUAAGGGAAAUAUCAUUGCUUAAGGAACUGGAAGAUGAUAACAUUGUUCGACUAUAUGAUAUUGUCCAUUCUGAUGCACACAAGCUGUAUCUCGUAUUUGAGUUUCUUGAUCUCGAUUUGAAAAGAUAUAUGGAAAGCAUACCAAAGGACCAACCGUUGGGCGACAAAAUAGUCAAAAAAUUUAUGAUGCAAUUGUGUAAGGGGAUUGCAUACUGCCAUUCGCACAGAAUCCUUCACCGUGAUUUGAAGCCACAAAACUUAUUGAUUAACAGGGAUGGCAAUUUGAAAUUGGGUGAUUUUGGUUUAGCCAGAGCUUUCGGAGUGCCAUUGAGAGCGUAUACCCAUGAAAUUGUUACAUUGUGGUAUAGAGCACCAGAAGUUUUAUUGGGAGGUAAGCAAUAUAGUACAGGGGUCGAUAUUUGGUCGAUCGGCUGCAUAUUUGCAGAAAUGUGCAACAGAAAGCCAAUUUUCAGUGGUGAUAGUGAAAUUGAUCAAAUUUUCAAGAUAUUUAGAGUGCUCGGCACACCGAAUGAAAACAUCUGGCCAGAUAUUGUCUAUUUGCCAGAUUUUAAGCCCAGUUUCCCUAAGUGGCAUAGGAAAGAUCUUGCCAACGUUGUUCCUUCUUUGGGUCACCAAGGCAUAGAUCUACUGAACAGUUUACUGGCAUAUGAUCCUAUAAACAGGUUAAGCGCAAAACGAGCUGCCGUGCAUCCAUAUUUUGAAGAAUUGUUGUGA